CCAUGUUCAGGGUUACCAUUUUGGUCUGUUUGAUAUUUGGCAUUGCAGCUAAGCCGAAUAAACCAUGGAAUAAGCUUACCGAUACAAGUGUCCAAGAUACAGUCAUGUCAGGAAAGAGACCGUUAAGUGUGGAAGUGGAGCCCCCAGAGGAAAUGGAUCAAACCGAUAUUGAUAUUGAUCCAAAAAUGAAGAUUUGGGAGAGUUUGAACUUAAAACAGGCGGUGGUGGCUGAAGAAGACGUGGAUGAUGCACGCCAUCCGUCCAACAUCAAAGAUCAGUUGCAAAUGUUUGAGGCUGACCAGGCCAACACCAAGUCCAAUUCUGCCCCAGAAGGAGACAGUGAAGAGCCUGAGCAGCCCGCUGAUGCAAUCUACCACAAAGCCAGAGAAGAGCUGUAUAGAUACUUGGCCCCGCUCACAGCUGAAUACCAAUACAGAGUCCGAUUUCCCCAACCUCUACCAGAGGAGGGUGAACCGCUUGCACAGGUCAGACGUCACAUAGAACCAGAGGAGGACAAGGAUGACUUUUACCAUCCUGACCUGGAAAGCUGGAUCCAGUACCAAGAUGACGCCAAAGCUGUUCCUGUUGAUUGGCCAUCUGAGAGCAGCCAACCAGAGGAAGACCUGGAUCACCUCUACCACCUCUGA